CUCUCGCCCCAUCGAGAUCCUCCGGUCCCCCAUAUAAAUAGCCUUCCCUCGCCGCCGGUGCCAUCUCCAUUCAACUCUCUCCUUCUCUCUCUCGAUGCGACGGUGAAAACGAUGAAUUCCAUGGCGACGGCAGCUGCUGCUGCCCCCUUCCCCUUCCUCCUCUUCUCUUCCUCCUCCUCCUUGUUGUUCUCCUCCCUCUCAAUGCGUGAAGCUGCUCAGGGCGCCUCCUCCCCCCGCGAACUUCACGAGAUCAUCGCCGCCGCAGCACCGGUCCCGCCGCCAUCGUUGCCGCGCGAUCUGCUGCGCCGGGUCGAGCCCUCAGUUCGGGGCCGGCGACCUCAAGUUCGCGUUGCACGACGCUCUGGACUCCUUGGGCGUCGACACGACCCACGCCAGAGUCCUUUUUUGGUGACUUAAGUCAGUUCAAUUUGAAAUGUGGAUCUGUCCGGAUAUAGGAAUGUCGGUUCCUCGCUCCUUUUACAGUUCUGGUUAUGCAAUCUGGAGGCAAGAAAGAAAUAUUGCUCGCAGAUUGGAAACUUUUCUGAUAUAGAGAGGGAAACCAGCAUUAGCAUCAACAGGGGUGUUGAUUUGGGGAAAACUGCUCUCUAUAUAGCGGCGGAGGAUGAUUCCCUUGUUUCUCACUCUUCGGUACCUCUCCCUGUGGAGGCAUUUAUUCAAAGAUUGGAUGACCUCUCAAUGGGAUACUGCUCGCACUACAAUUCUCGGUUCAAGUCAUCACCACAGACUUUUUUGGAUAGUUUAGAUAAGUAUUUAUACGUCAGGAAGGGAUUUCGCAGAAGCAGUGCCAAGGGUCUGCUAGAUUUUCGAUCUCUCUAUCUCCAUUCGGUUUUGACGCACCGCUCAGGGUCAGCUGCGAUGCUUUCCCUUAUCUAUUCAGAAAGCUUGAAAAUGCUGAGACUUUGGGGUCUUCUGAAUUUUGAUGUGGAAAUAUUCUUUCCGCAUGAUCUUGAAGGUCUUCCAAGAGGCUAUGAUAAACAGAAAAGCAAAGAGUCUGAUCAACCGCACAUACUGACAUCGCAAGCCCUACUUGUGCAGAUUUUGAGAGAUUUAAAGGGUGCUUUCUGGCCAUUUCAACACAACCGUAAUGAAAGUCUAUUCUUAAGGGCUGCACAAGCUGCUAAUUGUUCUGACAGAUCCAAUGCUGGUGAAGAAAGUGGCUUUCAGCUUGCAUCUACCAAGGCAGCUCAAUACAGAUUGGAUCGUGGAGUUUGGACUACUGUUCGUCUUGGGGAUAUGAGGCGUGCAUUAGCUGCAUGUGAGCGUCUUAUCCUUCUUGACUUUGAUCCGAAGGAACUAAGAGACUACAGCAUUCUUCUCUAUCACUGUGGUCUGUACGAUCAAUCUCUGGAUUAUCUCAAGUUGUACAAGGAGACAAAGAAUUCCUCUUCAAAAGACAUACCAAGCAAUCCAUCCAGCAUCAUAGAGGAUGAUGCUGAAGAGAAACUCAUGGUACGCCUCAAUCUCAUAUUGAUGGAGGAUGGCUGGGAAAGGCCGUCACAUGCUAGGAAUUUUCUCAGUAACAAUUCUGAACCAUGGUGAAGGCUCAUCUAUAGUGUUAGGGGACACUAACAAUGGAAGAUGUUACUGUCGUCAUUUAGGUUUGUGAACGACAAAAACUAGAAUGAAUCCCCAGGAACAAACUGACUUGAGUUGAACAUGCAACCACAAGGAUUAGAAGGACCGUGGGCGAUUGUAUAGUCUUUGGGGAAGAGGAGCAAGGUCAAGGUGACUGAGGGCUCUUUGUCAAAGCUGGAAUUGAUGCUUUUGAACCAAUUUCUGGAGCAUGGUUCUUUGCGGUUGAGCUAAAUUGACUCAAUCGUCAAGUCAAUAGCACGAAAUUCAGGUCCGAAAAGAAUCGCUCAGACCUUGCUGUGCCUUACGUGUGCUUCGCGUCAUUGGCAUCUCUUGUAAAUUUUGGUAAAUCAUUAUGUAUAUUCCAAAUAAUCUCUACAGCGACAAUUACAUCAGUGUAUUGCGGUGAUCACAUAACUGCACUUACAGUUUUCUACUGAGUCGUAAUCUAUUCUGGUAUAAUGCUUGAGAUUU